AUGAUAUUAAAAAUUUCCAUUUUUCGAGAGCAAUUUCAGUUAAAAAAUAAUUAGAAAAGUGUAAUAAGGAAUAAAACUAAGUUGCCAUUUAAUAAAAUGAAGAUUUAUUUAAAAAUACUAUAGUUUAAGUAAAAUGCUAUAUAGAAAAAAGUCAGCAACUUAGUAUCGAUCAACUAAAAUAUCUUGAUUAUUGCUUUUCAACUCUAGAUAUUUUAUCAGAUGUUGUCAUAAGACUUGUUUCUAGUAAUUCUUUGGGCUAAUAGGGUGCUCAAUGUCUGUUUAAAUCUAUAAGGUAAUUAAAAUGCUUAAGUUCUUUAUUAUUUUUUAUAGAAAAAGGAAACAAUAUAGGAACAGAAAGUGUUUAAGUUUUAGGUUAAAGCAUCAAAGAAUUAAAAAAUUUAAAUAGCUUAAAACUGUACUUUAACUCCUAAGGAAAUGAUAUUUAGUGGUAAGAAGGUUGCUAAAUAGUAGAAUCUUUCUAGUAUUUAAAAGAAAUCAAAUUAUUGGAGUACGAGAUAUUUGAUUGCUAAAAUUACACAGUUGAGGGAAUCAGGUUAUUUUUUGAUUCUGUAUCUAAUUUGA